AUGAUUAGCUUAUCCAUUUCUAGUAAGUUGAAUUAUGACGAUGAAGAUUUGGUUCCGGUCUUACUUUCCUUAUCUCUGGACGAAGCAAACCAUUUGAACAUAUGGGAAGGUUAUGUGGAUUGGAGGAACAGACCUGCCAUAAGAGGCCUUCAUGGUGGAAUGCUUGCUGCUUCAUUUGUUUUAGUGGUGGAGAUACUGGAGAACCUGGCUUACCUGGCCAAUGCAAGCAACCUUGUGCUAUACUUGUCGAAAUUCAUGCAUUUCUCUCCAUCCGCUUCUGCCAACAUUGUCACCAAUUUCAUGGGCACAGCCUUCCUACUUGCUCUACUUGGUGGAUUUCUAGCAGAUGCUUUCUUCACCACUUACUGCAUCUAUUUGAUUAGUGCUGCAAUAGAAUUUACAGGUUUACUGGUACUCACUAUCCAAGCUCAUUUACCAUCACUGAAACCACCAACCUGCGCUUCAAUGAGCACAAACAAUCCAUGCAAGGAAGUUAGUGGCGGCAAAACAGUGUUGUUAUUCACAGGCCUCUAUCUGGUGGCACUAGGAGUUGGAGGAAUAAAAGGCUCUCUUCCUCCACACGGAGCGGAGCAGUUUGAUGAGACCACCCCACAAGGAAGGAAGCAGAGAUCUUCAUUUUUCAACUACUACGUGUUCUGUCUCUCUUGUGGUGCACUUGUUGCGGUAACUUUCGUGGUGUGGAUUGAAGACAACAUAGGCUGGCAAUGGGGUUUUGGGAUUGCGACUGCAACAAUUCUUCUCUCCAUCCCACUCUUCCUCCUAGGCUCUCCUACAUACCGGACCAAAGUUCCUACAGGAAGUCCGAUCACGACCAUGUUUAAGGUUUUUGCUGCAGCAAUGUGCAAUAACAUUGAAGCUAGAAGUCCUAGCAAUACAGUCACAACAGUCCCAUCUCAUACACAUGAAACCAGUGAGGGAGAAACUAAUAGACAUUCCCAAAAAAAAGGGAGAAAUCAAGCUCUAUCAGAAAACCUCAAGUUCCUUAACAAAGCAGUGACUAUUAAACCUGUCCACCCAAUGCUACAAUGCACUGUAAAACAAGUUGAGGAGGUCAAAAUAGUCCUAAGAAUUCUCCCAAUCCUUAUGUCCACCAUAAUGCUAAACUGCUGCCUUGCUCAGCUCUCCACAUUCUCAGUGCAACAAGCAGCCACCAUGAACACCAACCUCGGAUCCCUCAAAGUUCCACCGGCUUCUCUCCCUGUCUUCCCUGUCCUCUUCAUCAUGAUCCUCGCACCGCUCUACAACCAAGUCAUUGUCCCCUUUGCAAGAAAAGUAACCAAAACCGAAAUGGGGAUCACUCACCUACAGAGAAUUGGAAUAGGAUUAUUGUUCUCCAUCGUCGCCAUGGCAGUUGCUGCCUUGGUCGAAAUCAAGAGAAAAAACGUCGCAGCCAAACACGGCUUGCUCAACUCUGCCGAGCCAUUACCCAUCACAUUUCUCUGGGUGGCUUUGCAAUACUUGUUUCUUGGCUCAGCUGAUCUCUUCACAUUAGCCGGAAUGAUGGAGUUUUUCUUCACUGAAGCUCCACUAAGCAUGAGGUCUCUAGCCACAGCUCUGUCUUGGGCUUCAUUGGCCAUGGGAUACUACCUCAGCUCAGUGCUUGUGAACAUUGUCAAUGGUGUCACUGGAGCAUAUAGACAUAGACCUUGGCUGAUUGGUGCCAACUUGAACAUGUAUCACCUUGAGAGGUUUUACUGGUUGAUGUGUGUUCUGAGUGGGGUGAAUUUCUUGUACUAUCUCUUAUGGGCAAGCCGUUAUGAAUACAGAUCAGGGCUUCAUGAUGAAGAUGAUGCUUUAAAGGAACAUGAAAAUCCAACUCUCAAGGAUUAA